GUGACCCGGCAGCGUCACGCCUGCGCUAGCAGUCACAAGAUGGCGGAGAGUGCGGAACUAAAGCAAAUGGUGAUGAGCCUGCGGGUGUCAGAGCUGCAGGUUCUUCUGGGCUACGCAGGCAGAAACAAACAUGGACGAAAGCACGAGCUCCUGACCAAAGCCUUAUACCUCCUUAAAGCCGGCUGCAGCCCUGCCGUCCAGAUGAAGAUCAAGGAGCUCUACAGAAGACGCUUUCCCACCAAGCUGGUGUCCCCAGCAGAGCUGGCCCUGCCCGGAGUCCACCCCGUCACUGCCUCUUUGCCCCCUGGCCUCACGCAGUUGGGAUUUGAUGGGCACAGAGCGCCCGCAUCCCCUCUGCUCCCCAUCUCCCUUCUCGGGCCCAAACAUGAGCUGGGACUGCCCCACCUCCCCACGAGCCUGCACCCCGUACACCCUGAUGUCAAACUUCAACGGCUGCCGUUCUACGAUGUUCUGGAUGAGCUCAUUAAACCUACGAGUCUUGCUUCAGAUAACAGCCAGAGGUUUCAGGAAACAUGUUUUGCAUUUGCAUUGACGCCACAGCAAGUCCAACAAGUCAGCAGCUCAAUGGACAUAUCGGGGACCAAAUGUGACUUUAUGGUGCAAGUACAGUUACGGUUUUGUCUAUCAGAGACAAGCUGCCCUCAGGAGGACCACUUCCCCCCUAAUCUUUGUGUUAAAGUCAACGGGAAACCGUGUAAUCUCCCAGGAUAUCUGCCUCCUACCAAAAAUGGCGUGGAACCAAAGAGGCCCAGCAGACCCAUCAACAUUACCUCAUUGGUCAAACUUUCCACAACUGUCCCCAACACCAUUGUAGUGUCCUGGACCUCAGAAAUUGGACGGAGUUACUCUAUGGCAGUGUACCUGGUCAAACAGCUGUCAUCUACGAUGCUAUUGCAGAGGCUGCGGGCUAAAGGCAUCAGAAAUCCAGAUCACUCCAGAGCACUCAUAAAGGAAAAGUUAACAGCAGACCCUGACAGUGAAAUAGCAACCACCAGCCUAAGAGUUUCAUUAUUAUGUCCGCUGGGAAAGAUGCGUCUAAUGAUUCCGUGUCGGGCAUUGACGUGUUCACACCUGCAGUGUUUUGAUGCUACGCUCUACAUCCAGAUGAAUGAAAAGAAGCCCACAUGGGUGUGUCCUGUAUGUGACAAAAAAGCACCCUAUGAACAUCUCAUCAUUGAUGGGUUGUUUAUGGAGAUUCUGAACAGCUGUUUAGAUUGUGAUGAAAUCCAGUUCAAAGAAGAUGGUAGCUGGGCCCCCAUGAGGUCGAAAAAGGAAGUGCAAGAGGUGUCGGCUUCAUACAAUGGCAUUGAUGGUGGAUGUCGUACGACAGUGUUGGAGCAGAACUCUCAAACUAAUGGCAACUGUGGAGGAAACAGCAAAAAAGUGGAGGUGAUUGAUUUGACUCUUGACAGCUCGUCUGAGGAAGAGGAAGAUGAAGAACCCCCUCAGAAGAAAAGCUGCCCCUCGCUAUCUAGCAUCUCUCCUCAGAUGGAUAAUGGGGUACUAAAUCUCCACAGACAAGCAUCUCCUGUGAGUCGGACUCCCAGCAUGCCUCAGGUGGAUACCAGUUACAUUCCCCCACCUCCUCCCCUCAUUCAGGACUACCGGCACUACUACUCUACGCCCGGUGACCUGUCAGAUCUCAGCUUUUUUCCUUUUUUACAAGGAGAGAAUCAUCAGCACUACAGCAUGGUGAUGGCAGCAGCUGCAUCAGCAUCUGAAGAUCACGACCUCCUCCUGAGUCGUUUUCUCCCAUACGGCUCGUCUCAGCUCUUCCUGGACCCUCCCUCGACCCCUGUAAGCAACAGCCUCCCUCCCAUUAACGUCAACAGCAGCAGCACCGGCAGCAGCCUGGUGUCCUCCAGCAGCCUACGGGAAAGUCUCGGACAUCCACCCGCCCCCCGCCCCACCUCCGAAUCAGCCCCCACGUCUGCCAUCUACGGUCCCAUCCCAGACGUCAUCUCGUUAGACUGACCCAGGACCGAACCCUCGCACAGGAAACUGACUGAAGAGACUUCCAAACAUUGGGAAGAAUAGGGGACAUACAAGAUGACUGAAGGGUGUUUUUGUAAACGAUGAUAAUCGUUGCCGUGUACAGAGAACAAAUAUAUUUUUUGUUUUACUUUUGUAUAUACCUAUCUAUCUAGCUAUCUAAUGUAUAUGUAAACUUGAAAGAGUUUUUUCCCCCCUGGCUUACUAAAAUUACUUUGGGUUUUAUCUCCUGGGACACUGAGGCUCUUUUUCCUUCACAGCUUUGUCUCAACCCCUUUAACAUAAUAUGAACACUUUUUAUAUCCUUUACCCAUCAUAUUCUGUAGUCGUCUACAUUUUGUCUGAUUCCAUAGGGCACAAUGGCUGCAUUCAGACUGUCAGUGGGACUCUUGGUUCUUUUCUCUUCCCAGCAAAACUUUUUUUUUGUCUUUGCCAGUCCAUACCAUAUCCCCUAAACAUGCAGGACUGUUUUAUAUAAUGCCUUUAAGGGAUAGUUCACCCAAAAAUGAAAAUUCUGUCAUCAUUUAC